GGGCUCCCGCUGCUGGGGGGAGAGCUGGGUUUUCAUGGGGCGGCAGCCGAGGCAGGACCCGCAGCCAUGAACCGCUUCAAUGGGCUCUGCAAGGUGUGUUCGGAGCGCCGUUACCGCCAGAUCACCAUCCCGAGGGGGAAGGACGGCUUUGGCUUCACCAUCUGCUGCGACUCUCCGGUCCGCGUCCAGGCUGUGGAUUCUGGGGGCCCGGCAGAGCGGGCAGGGCUGCAGCAGCUGGACACGGUGCUGCAACUGAAUGAGAGGCCGGUGGAGCACUGGAAAUGUGUGGAGCUGGCCCACGAGAUCCGGAGCUGCCCCAGCGAGAUCAUCUUGCUCGUGUGGCGCAUGGUCCCCCAGGUCAAGCCGGGGCCGGAUGGCGGGGUCCUGCGGCGGGCCUCCUGCAAGUCCACACAUGACCUCCAGUCACCCCCCAACAAGCGGGAGAAGAACUGCACCCACGGGGCCCAGGCACGGCCCGAGCAGCGGCACAGCUGCCACCUGGUGUGUGAUAGCUCCGACGGGCUGCUGCUUGGCGGCUGGGAGCGCUACACCGAGGUGGCCAAGCGUGGGAGCCAGCACACCCUGCCUGCCCUGUCCCGUGCCACCGCCCCCACUGACCCCAACUACAUCAUCCUGGCCCCACUGAACCCUGGGAGCCAGCUGCUUCGACCUGUGUACCAGGAGGAUACCAUCCCCGAAGAAUCAGGGAGUCCCAGUAAAGGGAAGUCCUACACGGGCCUGGGGAAGAAGUCCCGGCUGAUGAAGACGGUGCAGACCAUGAAGGGCCAUGGGAACUACCAGAACUGCCCGGUCAUGAGGCCGCACGCCACACACUCAAGCUAUGGCACCUACGUCACCCUGGCCCCCAAAGUCCUGGUGUUCCCCGUCUUUGUUCAGCCUCUAGAUCUCUGUAACCCUGCCCGGACCCUCCUGUUGUCGGAGGAGCUGCUGCUGUACGAGGGGAGGAACAAGGCUGCCCAGGUGACACUGUUCGCCUACUCGGACCUGCUGCUUUUCACCAAGGAGGACGAGCCUGGCCGCUGUGACGUCCUGAGGAACCCCCUCUACCUCCAGAGUGUGAAGCUGCAGGAAGGUUCUUCAGAAGACCUGAAAUUCUGUGUGCUGUAUCUGGCAGAGAAGGCAGAGUGCUUAUUCACUUUGGAAGCGCACUCGCAGGAGCAGAAGAAGAGAGUGUGCUGGUGCCUGUCGGAGAACAUCGCCAAGCAGCAACAGCUGGCGGCGUCACCCGCAGAGAGCAAGAUGUUUGAGACAGAAGCAGAUGAGAAAAGGGUGAUGCCCUUGGAGGAAGGGAAGGGGCCAGGUGCUGAGGACCCCUCACCCAGCAAGGACCCCUCUCCUGGCCAGGGGCUUCCUCCAGAACAAGACCUUCCACCCAACAAGGAUUCCUCUUCUGGGCAGGAACUCGCUCCUGGCCAAGAACCACUGUCCAGCAAAGACUCAGCUACCAGCAAAGAACUCCCUCCAGGCCAAGGAGCCCGGCCGAGCAAGGGCUCCCCAGCAUGCCAGGAACCCCCUCCAGCCCAAGACCUCCCACUCUGCCAGGACCUUCCUGCUAGUCAAGAACCCCGUCCUCACCAGGACCCCCUACUUAGCAAAGACCUCCCUGCCACCCAGGAACCCCCUGCCCAGGACCCGCCCUGUCAAGAUCUGCUUCCCAGCCAGACGGCCCUGCCAGCCAAGGCCCUUACUGAGGAGUCCGUGAGCUCUGGGGACCCACCAGCAGCCACCAGCAACCCACCUGCGGCCUCCAGGCCAACCUUUGUGAUCCCUGAGGUCCGGCUGGACAGUGCCUACAGCCAGAAGGAAGGGGCAGAGGGGGGCAGCUCGGGAGACGAGGAGGAUGCAGAAGAUGCUGAGGAGGGGGAAGACGGGGACGAGGAUGAGGAUGAGGACACAAGUGAUGACAACUAUGGAGAGCGCAGUGAGGCCAAGCGCAGCAGCAUGAUCGAGACGGGCCAGGGUGCUGAGGGCGGCCUCUCGCUGCGAGUGCAGAACUCGCUGCGGCGCCGGACGCACAGCGAGGGCAGCCUGCUGCAGGAGGCCCGCGGGCCCUGCUUCGCCUCUGACACCACCUUGCACUGCUCUGACGGCGAGGGCACUGCCUCCACCUGGGCCAUGCCUUCCCCCCGCACCCUCAAGAAAGAACUGGGCCGCAACGGUGGCUCCAUGCACCACCUCUCCCUCUUCUUCACAGGACACAGGAAGAUGAGCGGGGCCGACGCAGUUGGGGACGAUGACGAAGCCUCCCGGAAAAGAAAGAGCAAAAACCUAGCCAAGGACAUGAAGAACAAGCUGGGCAUCUUCAGACGGCGCAACGAGUCCCCUGGGGCCCCUCCCGGGGGCAAGGCAGACAAAAUGAUGAAGUCGUUCAAGCCCACCUCAGAGGAAGCCCUCAAGUGGGGCGAGUCCUUGGAGAAGCUGCUGCUUCACAAAUAUGGGUUAGCCGUGUUCCAGGCCUUCCUUCGCACCGAGUUUAGUGAGGAGAACCUGGAGUUCUGGCUGGCUUGUGAGGACUUCAAGAAGGUCAAGUCACAGUCCAAGAUGGCAGCCAAAGCCAAGAAGAUCUUUGCUGAGUACAUCGCGAUCCAGGCGUGCAAGGAGGUAAACCUGGACUCAUACACACGGGAGCACACCAAGGACAACCUGCAGAGUGUCACGCGGGGCUGCUUCGACCUGGCACAGAAGCGCAUCUUCGGGCUCAUGGAAAAGGACUCGUACCCUCGCUUUCUGCGCUCUGACCUCUACCUAGACCUUAUUAACCAGAAGAAGAUGAGUCCCCCACUUUAGGGGCCACCGGAGUAGAGCUCAGCGUUGACACCAGGCAGGCUGGGCCCCCUGCCCACCUGCCUCCCUCCCCCCGCGACGGAGGGGGCAAGCAAGCCCCCAGAGGCUGUGUCUCCGGACAGACAGAUGGACAUUUGGAUGCAAGGCCUGGACCGAGAGAGGCCCAGGCUACUGGAGGAGUAGAGCGACUGGCCCGGUUGGGUCCCCGCUGCCCCGGUACGAGGGGGGCCCAAGGGCCCCGGCAGGUCAGGGGCCCGUCUAAGCCAGAUCUGGAGCUGCCGCUCCCUGCUGUGGAGACGUCGGAGACCUCGCGUUGACCAAGUUCCUUAAAGAACUGGCUGAUGGUGCAGGAGGCCCAGGCUUGGGCUCUGGGGCCCUUCUGGGGGGCCACUGGGGCCCUUCUGGGGGGCCACUGGGGCUUGCAGCUCAGACCCUCGCCUUGGGUUUUAUUUAUUUAAACAGUAGCUGGAUGCUUGGCACGUCGUCCUGUGAUAGGAAACCCUUGCCUCAUCAGUUUUCCUAAUUUACAAGUGCAAUAUUUUAACCAACGCCUUGUGAAAAGCCACCUUGCAGAGGUGGACGUCAUUUUUCAGUUUCAGGGGAUUUGCUGGUCCCGGCACCAGUGGCAGGCAGCUGUGCCUUCGGGACUGAUGAGGCCCGGUGGGACACCGCAGUCUGACCACACACAGAAAUCUGGUACCCCCUGGGUAGGGUGUCCCUCAGGGGCUCCGGGAAAGCAUGGCACCCUCAGACCACACAGUAGCCAAGUUCUGGAGCAAAUAAAAGGCCUGUGUUAUUGUUCUUGACCCUU